AUGGCAUUUUUAUGCCCAGUAAGAAUCAGACGUGGUAAAAAGAAAAAAGCCACGAAUAUAGAUUUAGAAAAAGAACUGACUAGAUCUAACAAUGGCGCUACACCAGGAAUGGGAAGAAUUACUGGCUCUGCAAGUAUUGAAACACUGGUCAGAGUUGGGAUCGAAAAGGAACAUGGGUUAUCACCUGAUAGCAAAAUGGUUGUGUUGCAUGAUUUUACUCCUUGUGUUGAUGAUGAGCUAGAAGUUAAAAGGGGCCAGAUAGUGAAUAUUUUAUAUAGAGAAAAUGAUUGGGUGUAUGUUAUUGGUUUGGACACAAGACAAGAAGGAUUUAUUCCAUAUUCAUACUGUACACCCUACAACAAUCAUUUAGCUGAACUUGCCAUUAAAAAGAAACUACCUAGGGACGAACAUGUGGCUUCAGGAGACAGCUUAGAUACUAACCAAGACUGUGAUGGAGCUGGUGCUGAGGCUAGUGACUGCGAUUCUGUGGGGAAGAAGCAUAGGCCAGGGGCUGUUUCUCCUAUCAGCAUUCACUCUGAACCAGAUAUGAUACCAUUUUCUAAAGAUCCGUCUGGUAGAUAUAUUGUUUUAUAUACAUUCAUUGCUAGGGAUGAAAAUGAUGUAUCUGUGGAAAGAGGUGAAUUUGUAACAGUACUAAAUAGAGAAGAUCCAGAUUGGUAUUGGAUCGUAAGAAGUGAUGGACAAGAAGGUUUUAUUCCUUCUGGUUUCGUUUAUCCUGCUGAUAAUGUGAUACAAGGUAUGUUACUAUUACAACAAUGUUGA